CAACUACUGACUGAAUGGAAUUUUUUGCGGAGUCAUCUUGAUUCUAUCCGAUAUUGACAACCUUCUCUUUGGACGAACGGCAAGAAUACAUUCUUCAAUAUCAAGGAUGGCGUUUCCAUCUCAUGACAUCUCUGCCCAAUUUGAUUUUCCAAGGGAGGAGGAGAAGGUUUUGGCCUUUUGGAGAGAGAUAGACGCGUUUCGUACGAGUAUGAAGCUUUCCGAAGGCAAACCAGUGUUUUCAUUCUACGACGGCCCACCCUUUGCCACUGGUCUGCCUCACUACGGUCAUCUCCUCGCUGGCACCAUCAAAGACAUAGUUACGCGGCAUGCUCAUGCCAGCGGCUAUCACGUUCCUCGUCGCUUUGGCUGGGAUACUCACGGUCUUCCCGUCGAGCAUGAGAUCGAUAAACGUCUCAAUAUUACUGGAAAGGCCGAUGUCCUGAAACUUGGGAUUGAUAAAUACAACGCUGAGUGUCGAAGCAUCGUCAUGCGUUAUUCCUCAGAGUGGAGAAACACUGUAGAACGAAUGGGGCGAUGGAUCGAUUUUGAUAAUGACUACAAGACACUGAAUAUCUCGUUCAUGGAGUCGGUUUGGUGGGCUUUUAACGAACUCUUCAAGAAAGGGAUGGUCUAUCGUGGUUUAAAAGUCAUGCCCUAUUCAACCGGUCUCACGACACCUUUGUCCAACUUUGAGGCAGGCUUAGAUUAUAGAGAUGUAAACGAUCCUGCAGUCACUGUCGCAUUUCCUCUCGUGGAUGAUCCUAGCACAUCGUUGUUGGCAUGGACAACCACUCCAUGGACAUUGCCAUCCAAUCUGGCCCUAUGCGUACACCCCGACUUCACCUAUGUCAAAAUCCAUGAUCAGGACAGAGAUCAAAAUUUUAUACUUUUCGAAGGGCUUUUGUCGACACUCUACAAAGAUCCCAAGAAAGCCAAAUUUAAGAAAAUUGGGCAGUUCCUUGGCGUGGAUAUGAAAGGAUGGAGAUAUGUGCCGAUGUUUGAGUAUUUCACCGAGAAGUUUGAAGAUAAGGCUUUCAGGGUGGUUGUGGAUACCUAUGUUACCGCGGCAGACGGCACCGGCAUCGUUCACCAGUCCCCUGGUUUUGGUGAAGAUGACCAUCGUAUCGCUGUAGCUCACGGUGUCCUUCGUCCUGAUGAAAUGCCACCUUGCCCGAUUGAUGACGCCGGAAGGUUCACAAAAGAGGUCCCUGACUUUGCCGGUGAUCACGUCAAGGUUGCAGAUAGCAAAAUCCAAAAGAUCCUCAAGGCUAAAGGUCGGCUCAUUGUGCAGUCAACAAUGAAGCACUCUUAUCCCUUCUGCUGGCGGUCGGGGACACCUCUGAUUUAUCGUGCAGUGCCUGCGUGGUUUGUUCGUGUGACGCCCAUUGUUGAUGACCUCGUGAGGAAUAAUCAAGAAACCCUAUGGGUUCCGCAAAGUGUCGGAGACGGCAGAUUUGGAAACUGGCUAGCCAAUGCUCGCGAUUGGAAUGUAUCCCGAAAUCGUUACUGGGGAACACCCAUCCCCCUUUGGGCGAGUGAGGAUCUGGAAGAGAUUGUGUGUGUUGGGUCUAUCGAGGAGCUCGAAAGACUAUCAGGCCGGACAGAGAUUAAAGAUCUGCAUAGAGAGAGCAUUGACGAUAUCACCAUUCCGUCAUUUAAAGGAAAAGGUGUACUGAAACGCAUUGAAGAAGUUUUUGAUUGCUGGUUUGAGUCUGGCAGUAUGCCCUACGCCCAGCUCCACUACCCUUUCGAAAAUCAGGACCUUUUCGAGAAAACCUUUCCUGCCCAUUUUGUUUCCGAAGGCAUUGAUCAGACGCGGGGUUGGUUCUACACUCUUCUUGUGUUGUCAACGCAUCUCUUUGGGAGCGCCCCGUGGAGGAAUCUGAUUGUAACUGGUCUUGUGCUUGCAUCUGAUGGAAAGAAAAUGAGCAAGAGUUUGAGAAAUUAUCCCGACCCCAAUAUCAUCAUCGACAAGUACGGAGCAGAUGCUACCCGGAUGUUCUUGGUUAACUCGCCAAUUGUGAGAGGCGACAACCUCCGAUUCCGUGAAGAGGGAGUCCGCGAAGUCAUCUCCCGAGUCCUACUUCCAUGGCUCAAUUCUUUCCGAUUCUUCCUCGGUCAAGUCGCAUUAUUAAAGAAGGCCAGCGGUGUCGACUUUAUGUACAAUGCACAGGCACCAUUGCCGAAUAAUGUCAUGGAUCGUUGGAUCCUUGCCCGUUGUCAGUCCUUGAUCAAAUUGGUGACAGAAGAGAUGGCUGCCUACCGACUAUACACCAUCAUUCCCCGCCUGCUUGAUCUAGUAGACGAGCUGACGAACUGGUAUAUCCGUUUCAACCGGAAGCGCCUGAAGGGUGAAAAUGGGGUUGAAGACACCUUAGCUGCCCUCAACACAUUGUUUGAAACUCUUUUCACUCUCUGUCGAACUAUGUCAUCGUAUACACCAUUUCUGACGGAGAAUAUUUACCAAUCUCUCCGCAGAUUCAUUCCAGAGGACCCGGCUGCUGGAGACAAUCGGUCCAUCCAUUUCAUCGGCUUCCCUAAAAUCAAAGAGGAGUACUUUGAUGCUGAGAUUGAAAGACAGGUCAGACGUAUGCAAUCAGUCAUCGACUUGACUCGGAACAUUCGAGAGAAGAACAAUCUCUCGUUGAAGACACCGUUGAAAGAACUACUUGUGUUCCAUCCCGAGGCGCAAUAUCACGCUGACGUGAAACCCCUACAAGAUUAUAUCCAAUCUGAACUCAAUGUACGCGAUGUCAUCUUCAGUACUGAUGAGACGCUGUCAGGUGUGCGAUACCGUGCAGUCGCUGAUUGGCCUGUCUUGGGACGCAAACUCCGAAAGGAUCUUGGUCGAGUGAAGAAAGCAUUGCCGGACGUAUCGAGUGACGCUGUCAAGGAGUACCUCACCACUGGUACCCUUUUGGUUGACGGUAUUGAGCUGGUGACUGGUGACCUUACCGUGCAACGAUAUCUGGAGCUUCCGUCCAGUGCUCUGGGCCAAUACGGAACGCACACAGAUAAUGACGUCGUUGUGAGGCUUGAUAUACAGGUUCAUGCUGAGCUGCAGGGCGAGUGGUUGGCCCGAGAGUUCACCAACCGGGUUCAGAAGCUGCGAAAAAAAGCAGGCCUGCAAGCAACGGAUGAUGUGGAUGUCUUCUAUCUCUUCCCCGAGGGCUCUGGGUCAGAGAUCACAGCUGCCUUGCGUGAACACGCGGAUUUGAUCAGGCGAACCAUAGGAAGCGUACCGGUAGAGAGGACGGGAGAAGGCGAGAGUGGGGAAGUGCUCAUCGAAGAGGCGCAAGAGGUGGCGGAUGUAAAAUUUGGGCUGUACUUGGUCAGGCCGUAGACUUCGCCAGUUCCGGAAGCAGAGAAAGAAAUGCUGUACUACAAUAGAAUUAUUUAAGUGAGGAAAUAUAGCAGGAGGAGUUGCGGGAGUAACAUCGAGACCUCAACUUGAGAUGCUAUUUCUUGGUCGUACCGAAGCCUCCAAAACCCAUCAACUCCAUCAUGUCAUUGUCUUGACCUACUGAUACCUCCUUGGCGAGCUCCAGACGUGCCUUUUCUUUCUCUGCUUUCUUCUGAGCUUUGUUUCUUUCCCGUAGAGCUAGCUCCUUUGCCUUGACUUCAGCCAGCCGCUGAUCAAAGUCAAAUGCCUUUGCUGACACGGAAUCCUUUGUUCUUUCUCGCAAAAGCACUAUGCGGGCGCGAACUUGCUCCAGCGUAGAACGUUCGAGUUUUGUGGUCUGUCCGAUUGCCCGUAAGUCUGGAAGGGAAUCUCAGUGAUGCUACGGGGUCGUUGGAUGUAUG